UUUGACAGAAGCGCAGGCAGGACUUCCACAGAUCCAUGUAUAUAAAGCAGCCAAGAACAGGGCUGUCUUAAGUGUGUAGUGCUCAGGUUCUGCGAUGCUGCUGCUGCUGCUAUUGGAGCUGGCCCUGAAAAUGCAGUGGAUGCAGAUGGAGGAACCCAUGUGCAAACUGCUGGGCAGAGCAGAGCAGCCGGAGUUAGCCAAAGACGGAGACCUCAUCAUUGGGGGAAUCUUCACUUUUGUCACUGGACCCAGCGGAAUAAUACACACCUUUAAGAGGCUACCAGAAGGCCCAAAAUGUAGCAAUUUAAAUUUCAGGGAGUUCCAAUUUGCCCACACAAUGAUCUUUGCAAUAGAAGAAAUCAAUCGAAACCCUCAAAUUCUCCCAAAUUUUACCCUGGGAUAUAAGAUCUACAAUGCCUGUGGCUAUACAAACAUACUUAAAUCUGCUAUUGCUUUAGUGAAUGGCCAGGAGGAAGUAAUUCAUAGCAAAAGCUGCUCUAAAACAGAUACAGCCCAAGCCAUAAUAGGCCACUCAGCAUCCACACCAACAAUGGGAUUCGCAAUGAUAACUGGAAGGUUUCAAAUACCAGUGAUCAGCCACUUUGCAACAUGCGCAUGCUUGAGCAACAGAAAAGAGUUCCCUUCAUUCUUCAGAACAAUUCCCAGUGACUAUCACCAGAGCAGAGCACUGGCACAGCUGGUGAAGCACUUUGGCUGGACUUGGGUUGGGGCCAUAAGCAGUGACAAUGACUAUGGAAACGAUGGGAUGGCAACCUUUGUGCAGGCAGCCCAGGAGGUGGGAGUAUGUGUUGAGUACUCAGUGGCCUUUCUGAAAUCAGGGCCUCGCCAUGCACUGCUCAGAGUCGUUGAGGUUAUAAAACAUUCCACCUCAAAGGUGAUCAUGGCCUUUAUGACACACAGGGAGGUCAAGGUGCUGGUGGAAGAGCUGCAGAAACAGAACAUCACGGGCCUGCAGUGGAUCGGCAGUGAUGCCUGGAUCACUGACAAUUCUCUCACUGACAGCGAGGGCUACACGGCUCUAAUUGGAGCCUUGGGCUUUGUGGUCAGCAGGGCACAGAUCCCUGGGCUGGGGCAGUUUCUACAGGAGGUUAAUCCUUCUCAAUUUCCUCACAGCGCAUUCCUCAGGGAAUUCUGGGAAAAUGUGUUCAACUGCACUUUGACUCCACAUAGCUUGACUGACAGAAGGAGACUCUGCAGUGGCUCUGAGCAUUUGAGAGAUGUGGAGACCCAGUUCGCAGAUGUUUCAGAACUAAGGUUCGCUAACAAUGUGUACAAGGCUGUGUAUGCAGUGGCCCACGCGCUGCACAACCUGCUCACAUGUGAGCAUAGCCAAGGCCCCUUCACUAAUAACAGCUGUGCAAACGACAACAGCAUAAAGCCAUGGCAGGUUUUACAUUAUCUGCAAACAGUGAAUUUCACAACUAAUUCAGGGGAGACAGUGUAUUUUGACAGCAAUGGAGAUUCACCAGCCAGAUAUGAGCUCAUAAAUUUACAACGUGCCAAUGACAGGACCAUGGAAAUUGUCACGAUUGGCUACUAUGAUUCAUCACUGCUUAAAAAGCACCAGUUCACAAUGAACAAUGUCAGCAUUGUUUGGGGAGGAGCCAGUACAAAGAAUCCUGUGUCAGUGUGCAGUGAGAGCUGUCCCCCAGGCACUCGGAAGGCUGUGCAGAGAGGGAGGCCUGUCUGCUGCUAUGACUGUGUGCCCUGUUCUGAGGGAGAAAUUAGCAAUAUGCCAGACUCCACUGAAUGCUUGAAGUGCCCACCUGAUUACUGGUCCAACAAGAGAAGAGAUAAAUGUGUCAUCAAAAAAAUGGAAUUUCUUACAUAUAAAGAAAUAAUGGGGAUUAUUUUGGUUUUCUUCUGCAUACUAGGAGUAUGUCUAACAAUUAUUGUAUCUGUGGUUUUAUUUCAUCACAGACAGACACCUAUUGUGAAAGCCAACAACUCAGAGCUGAGCUUCUUGCUGCUAUUUUCAUUGAAACUGUGUUUCCUUUGCUCUCUUACCUUCAUCGGCCGGCCCUCUGAGUGGUCCUGUAUGCUGCGCCACACUGCGUUUGGGAUCACCUUUGUCCUCUGCAUCUCCUGUGUUCUGGGGAAAACAAUAGUGGUGUUAAUGGCCUUCAGGGCUACACUUCCAGGCAGUAAUGUGAUGAAGUGGUUUGGGCCUCUGCAGCAGAGACUGAGUGUUCUUGCUUUCACUCUCAUACAGGUCCUUAUUUGUGUGCUUUGGUUAACAAUAUCCCCUCCAUUCCCCAACAAGAACAUGAAGCACUACAAAGAAAAGAUCAUUCUAGAGUGUGAUGUAGGAUCAGCAGUGGGGUUCUGGGCUGUGCUGGGUUAUAUUGGGCUCCUCUCUAUAUUAUGCUUUGUUUUAGCUUUUCUGGCUCGUAAGCUGCCUGAUAACUUCAAUGAAGCCAAAUUCAUCACAUUCAGCAUGCUCAUAUUCUGUGCAGUCUGGAUCACCUUUAUACCAGCUUAUGUCAGCUCACCUGGAAAGUUCACUGUAGCUGUGGAGAUCUUUGCUAUUUUAGCUUCAAGUUCUGGUUUACUAUUCUGCAUUUUCAUACCAAAAUGCUAUAUUAUACUAUGCAAACCAGAACAAAACACCAAAAAACAUUUAUUUGGAAAAACUACCUUUCAGUCUCUGCAAUAGAAAUAGGAAACGUGUUUACUGCAUUUAUAUUUACCCCAUCUGCUUUUCAUCCGGCCUCUCACUUUCAGCCUGUCUUUCCAUUUUAAAUGUCUAUAUCUCCCAUUGUCAGACAAUAAAUAAAAGGUCUUUCUGCCAUAUUAAACAUAACAGCUGUUAGUUACUGUGUUUAAUUUACUAGUUUCUACCCUGUACUACUAAGAGUUGAAUAUCAAGACAGAAGAAUCCUGUUCAAAAACGGCAAACUGAUUUCUCUGCAAGACAAUAAAAUAAGGGAUAGGCCACCAUCUGGUGGAGGGAAGGUGCAUUACAAUUUAUGAGAUCGUGGUACUAAAAGAUUGCCUGACUGCUGCAAUACCAACACCACAGGUCAACAAAACAGGAGAUUCUUUUCACGGGGACACAUCAAUUAAAAAUCCUUGUAUGGUACAAGACCUUUUAUUUCACAACAUGAACAUUUACAGGAAUAAAAUUUACCAAAUAACAGCAAACAAAUAUAAUUAUCUGAACAUCAGUAAAAUAAAAAAAUAAAAACUAUUCAGGUGUGGGUGUAUGUGUGUGCAAAUGUGUGCUAUCACUAUUUCACUUUUGAUAUAGAUCCUGCUAAAUACACAAUCAUAUUUUUAAUGAAAAAUGACAUUCUGAAACUGUUAUAUUAAAGCUAUUGCAGGCAAAAAAUUAGUUGCCAUUAGCAAACUGGUUUUUACAUGAUUUGCCUCUAUGAAAUUCCAGUGUGGAGAAGACUACACAUCUGAAUGACAGGCUGCUAAUGAUGAAUUUUGGGCAGCAUGUUAUAUGUAUGUAUAUACAUCUGUGGCACAAAACAGCAUG